AUGAGCAGGACGCUGCUGGCAAGCAGGAUGCAGCCAGAGAUCCGGAGCGUCUGCGUCUUCCUGCCCACCCGCGAGCAGCUCAGCCUGGCCGUCGGGGUCAAAGCCACUGGACAGGAGCUCUUUCAGCAAGUUUGUGAUUUAGUGAAGAUUAAAGAGCCUCAUUUCUUUGGCCUCAGCAUUGUUAAAAAUAAUGAAUAUGUUUUUAUAGACCUGGAGCAGAAGCUUAGCAAAUACUUUUCAAAGGAAUGGAAGAAAGAGACCACCAAAGGGACAGAGAAAUUCAGCCCUCCAUUUGUUGCAUUCUUUAGAGUACAAUACUACGUAGAAAAUGGAAGAGUAAUAGGCGAUAAGGUCGCACGGCAGCUCUACUACUGCCAUCUCAAAGAGCAAGUACUUAUGUCUCAUUGCAACCACAAAGAAGAAAUCUACUUCUUGCUGGCUGCCUACAGCUUACAGGCAGACUUGGGCAACUACAGAGAGAAGGUCCAUACUGGCAAAUAUUUUGAACCUCAGGCUUAUUUCCCACAAUGGAUAAUUGCAAAGAGGGGGAGCGACUACAUCUUGAAACAUGCCCCAGAGAUGCACCGAGAACAGCAAGGGCUGAGCGCUAAGGAGGCGGUGCUGAAGUUCAUUAAGGAGUCCUGCCUGCUGGAAGAUGUGCCCGUCCACUUCUACAGGCUGCAGAAGGAUAAGAAGGAGGAUCGACCGACAGUUAUCCUGGGCCUGACCCUGAGAGGAAUGCACAUCUAUCAGGAGGUGAAUCACAUUCGACAGCUCCUCUAUGACUUCCCCUGGUCACACAUCGGGAAGCUGGCCUUUCUGGGGAAAAAAUUUGAAAUCCAGCCAGAUGGUUUACCCUCUGCACGGAAACUGGUUUACUACACGGGUUGCCCCUUCAGGUCACGCCAUUUGCUGCAGCUACUCAGCAACAGCCACCGACUCUUUCUGAAUAUUCAGCCAGUUUUGAAGCAGAUCCAAAAACUGGAGGAGGCUGAAGAGAAGAAGCGCUAUCGGGAGUCCUAUAUCAGUGACACUCUAGACAUGGACCUGGACCCAUGUGACAAGAACUCCCGUGGCAGCGGGAGCAGUGGGGGCAGCCACAGGGAUAACCGCCUCUCGCGCCAGUCCACGGGGAGUCAUGGCAGCUCCCACACCUCGGGCAUUGAGGCUGACUCCAGGCACCGCGUGUCCGUGGAAAUGUCGGUGGAUGAGCCCUUCAGCAUUGAUCGGGUGCACAGGAAAGAGAAAUCCUGCAGUUCAACCAUCAGCUACGGUAGCUCUGGCAUUGACAGUGGCAGCAAAGGUCGGGCUGAAGAUGACACUCAGGAUGAUGAGCUUGAGCUGGCAGUAGAUGAGCCAGAGGAGAUGCCUGUAGAUGAGCCUUUAGAGGGAGACCAGUUAGAGGAGGCCACUGUGGGAGAAUCUGUUGAAUCUCUGCCUCUAGAUGCUGCUAGCUGCCAAGCUAUAAAUCAGGAAUCUCUCUCUGUGGUGCAAGUCACACUAAUCAAAAUGAGAGGCCAAAGCGUGGAAUCCCUUCACCAGGUCAGAUCGCCCAAAAGCCGGAGCUGCAUGGACCAGCACAGCCAGAGUUUGGACGACAUCCGCUUGUACAAGCGCCAGCACCCGUCACUAAGUGCCACACUGUCUUCAGACACGUCCCACAGCUACACCUUCGGCUGCAGCCUUGAGGACAAGCUGUCUGUCUACGGCUGCGUGUAUUCCACAGCGGACUGCAAAACCAAGUCUGCCCUUUAUGGGAAGCGAUCCAUGAACUGCCUCUCCUUAGAUCUUCUGGGAGAGGACCCGCUCCCAGAGGAGUUUGUGGUGUAA